UGCUACUGUUGCUAUCGUGAAAUAGUUAUGUAGACUAUACACAAUUUAGAUGAUUGAAAAGUUUAAAUGCAAAUAUUUCUGUAACAACUGCUGAAAAUGUUUGGAUUUUUUAUAGCCGUAUGUGUGUGUGGCCUUCAUGUUAGUAUGGCCAGUCCAGUUGAGGAUAGAAAUGAUUAUGCAACGUCUAUAGUUUUAAUGGAGGAUGGAGCUAUCGGUGGGGCUAGCAUGCCAGACUUACUUCCCUUUGGCUUGCACCUGAAGGGUGAGCGGCUAGUGUUGAGGCUCCAUCGUCUGGAAACCUUACAGGCGCUGACAAGUCAGUCACCACAGGACGACAGGACAGCUCAGGACAUUCUAAACGCGGCAGUGUACAAUGAUGCCUCCCUAUCAGCUGUCAUGCGUGUUAAAAGAUUCGCCGGCCGGUUUUAUCUCGAUGGAACUUUCACGUAUGGCGGUCUGGUCUGGGAGGUCAAAUCACUUCAAGAAAACAGGCAUCAAGCCAUGGUAGACAACUCCGUCAACCAGACUGACAGGGACGAUAACUCCGUCAAGCACAGAAUUUUCGUUCCAUCUUGGAUGAAAAGUCCACUAAACUUCAGGGGAGACAAACUAAACCUGUCAACCGGUCAGCCUGAAGAUUCCAGCCACAAGAACUCAUCAAGAAAUGUCUUCCCUCCACACGAAGCUCAACACACAAGGCACAGAAGGGGAGUAACUCAGCAUGUGGUUGAGAUAGCUUUUGUUGUGGAUUACGCUGAUUACCUCAAGUGGGAGAUGUCCCAUGGUGCGGCCAAUGCUUUGAGUGAAAUGAGGCUAUGGUACACCUACGUCGCUGAGACGAUCAACAUGAGGUAUGUCUCCAUUCAAGACACGGACUUCAACAUCAGAACAACGAUAAGUGUUCUAAAAAUAUUAACAGUGAGUUACAUAUUUGAUGCACUCAGUUAA